GAAGCAGGAGCUAGAACAAAAAGCAACCAAGUUCAGCCUCAGAAGGUAGCACGGGUGUCAGGGAGGGUGCAGGAAUGAGAAGAGGAAGGACGGUAGAGGCAGGCAGCUCCAGGACCUGCAACAAAGGGGUCGAGAGGAUGACGGCCAGAUUACCCUCAGUAGCGCCGGAGCAGGCAAAAGCACUAGAGUAACCCCUGACAUGCAAAGAGAGGAAAACGAAGAAAGCUGCUAGCAGCUACGGAGAAGAGGAGGAAGUGGGAGAUGCGCUGCUUCCUGUGGCAAGAACUAUGAUUGAAGACAAAGCUGGGUGGGGACUAGUCCCUGGGCUGCAGCCGCGCUACACAUACACACGCGUUGCCGCCGCCCGCUCUGUGGGCGACUCCUACUACUGCUGGGCUGGGCCGGCUGCGCGGGGCUGGGCUGGGCUGGAGCUCGCUGCAAGGCAGAGCAGCUCUGCGAGGGGAAGCCGCUCUCUUCUGACCAAGCCCCGGAUCCAAGAGUGCCUGAAAGACCCACCCAGUGCUCCGAUGGCCAGCAACAACACCGCCAGCAUAGCACAAGCCAGGAAGCUGGUAGAACAGCUUAAGAUGGAAGCCAACAUUGAUAGGAUAAAGGUCUCCAAGGCAGCUGCAGACUUGAUGGCCUACUGUGAGGCGCAUGCCAAGGAGGACCCCCUGCUGACCCCUGUCCCGGCCUCAGAAAACCCAUUUCGGGAGAAGAAGUUCUUCUGCGCCAUCCUUUAAGUCUCCAGGAGGAGGCUGAAGAGCCUCCGGGCUCCCGGGACAUUGCCGUAGAGUUUCUAGCAAAGUGGGCGCCUUCCUCAUGUCCACGGCAUUUAAAAAGAGGGAGGAGAAACAUCGUGAAACUCCAGGCUGUGCAUGUUUAAAGAACUGGUCCCUUUUCUGAGAAUGAAAGCCAAGCCACAUCCUGACUUAAGAGAUCUGAUUCUGCAGACCUGCCUGGAGGAGGGGAAUGUAUAAAAAAUAAAAUUGGUGUCACUUCUUUUCUGCUAUUCCCCUCUCCCCAAGACCUUACCUUUCUGCUUCAUAUUUAAAAAAUAAACAUUAAAACAGACAGCUGUACUGAGCUAAGAUGUGUAUGGCCUUCUCAGAAUGAGUAUUGUCUGUAGAUACCCUUUGAUAAACUGAGUCGUCCAGUGUAGCCGCAGUAUGGUUUUAAUGGCAUCGAUAUUUAGUCCUUGUGCCUUUCUUUUUCUUUCUUCCUCUUCCCCUUUCCCCUGCCCCUCCUCAUUAGAGUAGUUUGGAGAUAAGGCGGAUUUCUGUGCAAGACUGAACUCCAAGGACGAACAUCCAGAAUGCUUAAGGAGAUGUCCCUCGUGGUAAUAACAAAAACGAAUUGCCGGUUGUCUGUGUUUUCUUAUCACUAUUCCUAAUAUUUAUACAUGAUAGCUUUGAUUCUGCAAGUAAAUCAUGUGUUGUGACUGGUGCUUUCAUAUCUUUGUGAUGAUUUUUGAGUAAUACUGCAUGAAAAUGUCCCUAUGUUACAUCCAUUCAGAAGUAUGUUGUUUUACUACAAAAGUCGGAAAAGAAACGAGAGAAAGACUGGGGAGGAAAAACCUCCGUAGUGUGAAAGUUGAGAUUACUUCAGAGCCUUAGCCAUGCCUACAAUACCUCCUAAUUAACCAUGGUAUAAGCGCCUCUUCUCUAGUUUCCAGAAUCCAAAGCAUUUUGGUUUAUCCAGCAUCCAGGGCAGCACAAGCACCCUCAAAGCAGAACAGUUAAGAUUCACCAUGAGUUGAAAAGUGCUUUGCCAGAGAAUAUAAGCAAGUUCCCUCUUCUGCCAAAUCGCAGAAAUUAUAGACUGCAAGAAUGCUUUCUGUGCUCCUAACGAGAACCCCAGGGCUCUCCUUUGUUGGAGUCCCAGAAGAAACAAACCCAUAGCACAGAGAAGGUGGCCCGAGUGAGAGCUCCAGCGGCUUCCCCGCAGAGGCCAGGACCCCAGAGCCCACUUUGUGGGUCGCAGUGCAGCCCCCAUCGCUGGCUCGAAAAGUGUCUGGCUGGCUCUGAGAUGGCCUGCAUCUUUCAUUUCUUGGGUUGUCACAUAAAUCUUUGCUUUUCUUCUCUACGUCUUUCAGUCCUUAUUUACAACUUCCUUGCGUCCAGAGAGCUCCCUCACCGCGAAGAGAGGUUGCGAGUGAUUUUUCACUGCUUGUAGCUGGCACCUCCUCAGAAAUGGUGGCCCUGUGCGAGACUGUGUCGCUCUUUUCCUGUGUCACUUCUACUCCCAGGGGGCCUCUCACAUGCUGCUUACUUUCAAACCCCAAAAGACCAUUAACUCCCAAUUAAUUUUAUCCUCCUCUCUUUCCUCAUUUUUUCCUAUUAAAAAAAGUACUAAAAGGGAGGAAAAGAAAAGAUUUAUCAUGCCAGGGACAGAUUUUGAAACAGACUCGCUAAGUAUUCUCCUCGGCUUCUUUAUGGACUUGCUGAUGAGAGAAGAAAUGCGUCCAGCUCAUGCCUGGGGUGGGGGAACAGAGGGUACUGGAGCAUUUUUGACAUGUUUGAAUGCAUUUCUGUAACAAACUUCUGUUCUGAACAAACCUUGGGGUUUUGCUCCAGUGGACUGCUGAUGACAGUCCUUAGAGGGUGAACAAAAAGUUGGCAGGGUAUUUAUUGAACCCCAGUUUUGUACAGUUAGCUCAGAGAUGCUGUGGAAUCAGCUAAAACUGCAUUUUUAAAGCAAGCUGAAACAUAAACAGUGUGUGGUGAUUACACAAGUGCUAGCAGCAAGCCCAGUUAGUUUCCAAUCCAUGCCAUUUCUUCUUCUCGGAGGGACUCGCUGUAUUUCCACAUAAACUGAGAUUUUUGGAGCAAUUCAAAU